AAUAAAUAUGGGAUAGGAGGAGGGGGAAGCGGAAGAAGAGUGAGGAGACCUGCGCGCCAGCUGAUAAGGAAUCUCAGGAGAGCUUCUUCUCAGAAUACCUGCGUUCUCUGGACCCACCCGGUCUAGGGCUGUACCGUAAGGUUUCGGUGACAGGCAUUCUACAUUCUAUUUCUGGCUUCCCUUACCCAAUGGAAGGUUAAUUGACCCCAAAGCUUCAGGCAACUUUUGUGAGCAAUAUUUGAGGUGGAGAAAGGAGCAGAGGAAGUGUCCAAAAUUGCUGCUCUGUCCGAGAAGGGGAGUAAAGGGAGCAAAGGAACGGGAGAUGAUGGUUCUGGCCAAGGCAGCGACUACUAGAAGAGGAAAGGAAAGACAUACAGAAGAAGUACUGCUGGGGGUGAGGAGAUGAGAUCUCCUCACACUAUGCUCCUCAGACAUUCUGAAGGUGUGCCUUUUGCCCACAGGUCCCUCCUCUGAAGGGCCACACCAUGAACUCUUGGGACGUGAGUUUAGCUUGCCUGCUGGUGGGAAUGAUAGCUGUGUCGCUGCUGUCCAACGUGGUGGUGCUGAUCUGUUUUCUCUAUAGCCCUGACAUACGCAAGCAAGUGCCAGGGCUCUUCAUCCUUAACUUGACCUGCUGCAACUUGUUGAUGACUGUGGUCAAUAUGCCCUUGACCUUGGCCGGUAUGCUUAAUAAACAGCAGCCAGGAGGAGAAAGACUCUGUCACAUCGUUGGCUUCUUAGAAACCUUCCUGACCACUAACUCCAUGCUGAGCAUGGCCGCCCUCAGCAUAGACCGCUGGGUCGCCGUGGUCUUCCCCCUGAGCUACCACUCCAAGAUGCGCUACAAGGACGCUGCCCUCAUAGUGGGUUACACGUGGCUGCACUCCAUCUCCUUCCCUAUUGCCGCUCUCUCCUUGUCCUGGCUGGGAUUUCAUCACCUCUAUGCUUCUUGCACCUUGUACAGUAAGAGGCAUGAGGAACGGGUCCCUUUUAGCGUUUUCACUGGGGUUUUCCACGCCCUCAGCUUCCUCCUCUCCUUUGUCGUGCUGUGUUUCACGUACCUCAAGGUGCUCAAGGUGGCCAGAUUCCACUGUAAGCGCAUUGAUGUGAUUACCAUGCAGACCUUGGUAUUGCUCGUGGACAUACACCCCAGUGUGAGAGAACGCUGUCUGGAGGAACAGAAGAGAAGGAGGCAACGAGCCACCAAGAAAAUCAGCACCUUCAUUGGGACAUUUCUGCUUUGCUUUGCACCAUAUGUAAUUACAAGGCUGGUAGAAUUAUCCUACAUUGGCCCCAUCAGUUAUCACUGGGGAGUCUUCUCCAAGUGUUUGGCUUACAGCAAAGCAGCAUCAGACCCCUUCGUGUACUCUUUAUUAAGGCACCAGUACAAGAAGAGCUGGAAGGACAUACUGAACAGGAUACUCAAAAGAGGUUCCAUCAAUUCGUCAGGCCUCACAGGUGACUCACAUAGUCAAAACAUUUUGCAAAUCACAGAAUGAAGGAAGAUGCUCCAGUCAUCGGAGUAGAAAGUAGAAGCAUGGAUGGGGGCCAGAAAGGAAGACCUCCUAGAUACUGAACAAAAACCCAUCAUCAGCUCACCACCAUGCAAAGUACCAUAUUCAUCAACCUGUGGCUUGUCUGCUUUCCCAAGUAGACUGUUGUCUCAGUGCUGCUUGUGAAAGCCAUGACAAAAAGUGACACUGGAAAGGCUUUCUGUUCUUCCUGAGGGCUUGAUUGAGCUUCCAGACCCCCCCCCCCCGAAGGCAGCAGAGCAGUUGGAUCAAAGUGUAAAGCCCUCCCAGAUGGCCCCAGAGUACAGGCGCUGAAAGAAGGUGGUCAUUUAUCUUAUGACUGGACUUUAUCUCCUUAGUUCAUUCACUAGCCAGUGGGGAUUGUGCUCAGUGUUGUGCUCUUAACAAAUAAGAAUCAUAACUCUUUCUCAACAGGACAGAUCAGACAUGCAGAAAGAAAGAUUAUUGGAAUAAGAGCAUCAUGGAAUCAGGUCUACAGUCAUCCCUAUUUAUUUGUAUCUUUUAGGAUCAACAUUAAUAAUGCUUGAUACACUUAGGUUCCAUCUUCACUUGUGCAAACUAGUUUGGGAAAAAAUUUUGAAUUGUAUCAUAUAAUUAGUUGUGUUUUCUAAAUAAGCAGCUGUCAAACUAAAUUUGAUUUCAUCCCCAGCCUCCUCAUUCCCUAUGUGUACACAACUAUUCAGAUCUGAUUUGUUUAAAUAGACAGUACUUUAGGGUAGCAAUAACUCAAGUUGAUAGUUGACCCCUUAAUUUAGUUCCAUUUGAAUGGAUUGAUUCUAAAUCUGUUUUCUUACUUCCUUGCAUUAGCCAAUUUUACUCUAAUUUGAGUUGAAUCAAAUUGAGGAACCAUUAUUUAUACUUCCUUCGUUUACAAUGGUCCUGAAUUUUCAAGAAAUAUUUCAACUUCAUUCUUCUCAGUGACACAUCUCAUUUGAUACUUUAAAAGAAACAGAACUGUUUUUGCUUUUUUCAUCUUAACUCUAAACCAUUGUUUCCAACUUUGAAAACAAGGAUUAUAAGAUAUAUUGAGCUGUUCGCCAGUUAUUUUUUGCUAAAGGCUAUCCAGCAUUAAACAGAAGCCAAGAAUAAGGCAAUGACUGAUACUGUCUGUCCAGGGAAGUGAACUUUCUAUUCCCAGUUUUUUAGUGUCUAGUAGUCUUGUCUUCACAACAAAAGUAGCGAUCAGUGAGUUGGUGAAUUUGAUUAGAAUAGGCCAAAUUCAUCACAAAUAUUUUUCAGUCACAUUUAAGAAAGAUGUCUGAAAUAGUUGUUAUCUAAGAUCUUUUGUAUUUGGGUUUUGAGGAUAGAAUCAUAAUAUUAGACCCUAAGUAGCAAUGAACUCACUUAUAUUUCAUGUGCCAUGGAAUAGGAUAUGAAACUUGUAAUGUCACCUCUAUUGAGAAGAACUGACAUCCAUAAUUUAAUGGCUUUCUUUUGCUUUGAAUUGGGCAUGUGUUUGUGUGAUAUAACUAAAAACAGAAGAAAAAAAAUAUUGACCUAAAUGCCUGAUAAAUUAAAAUUUAAAAAAAUUAAACCUUUUCAUGUUAACAUGGUACUUAAUGGUUUCCAAAGUGUUUCCCUCAUAAUAAUUUUGUUCAGUAUUUAUAUUCCCACUUAAAAAAUGACAGAGUCUCUCAGAGGUUACAUGACUUGUGCAUGAUCACAUAGAUUUAUUAAAGUAAAUGUCAGAACUGGAAUGAUUAAAAUCCAGGUCUUUUGAUUCCAAAUCUAAGACUCUUUCUACUACAUUGUGGUGGAUUGGGUGCUCAUGUAAACAUAGUCUUUAAAGCCUAAAGAAGGAUAAUGGUGAUUAUGAUUAAAUAGAGAGAGAUGAGCAUAUAUAUAUAUAUAGAUAGAUAGAUAGAUAGAUAUGUACAUAUACAUAUAUGCAUACAUAUAUAUGCACUCAUGUUUAUUACUUGUAUUUUUGUACAUGAAUGUAUACAAACAUAUGUAUAUAAUAUGUAUGCAUAUACAUAUAUGAGACAGAGGGAGAAAGACUAAGACACAGAGAAACAGAUUGUAUGAUAGAGAGCAGGGGCUUGGAUUGAGGAAGGUUAAAAUGUCUUCUCUGACCCACAUUGGUUUUGUAAUCCUUCUUAAACCGGUUACAUUCUCAAUGUUCCUGGAAACUCUGUUAAGUAGAGUGCUGAUCUCCAUUGGUAGAGGGUGUUUCCCCAUUGGGGGGUCCUAUUACAAAUUAAUCAGAAGUCUUGUCCAAAGUACAUAUAUACUCAGUUGAAAUAAUCCCAAUUAGAUUAUCUACCUCAUUUUAGCAAAUCAAUUGAUUAAAUUUAACACUGUCUCCCAGGUAGGACAAGAAGAAAUGAUAUAUUCAAUAUUAUCAUCCAAAGUUUGCUGGCUGAAUUGUACUAUAAUAUGAAAUGUUCAGUCCUUAGUGGUUAGACACUGAGAGGUGAUAAAUUGAGAUGAAAAGAUUUAAAAUAAGAAAAGGAUAAACAAUCACAUUUGGAAAUCUUUAUCUCAUCCACUGUAGUUAAUUUCAUUUGUUCAGACUAUUCAAGCCCAUGUUAUGCUGCAAAUUUAAUAUUUUAUAGGAUUUUCCUUGAUAGCAAUGAGGUCUGAGUACACUAAAACUCAACUCAUUACCUCCCACAUUGGAUAAGUUAAUGUUGCAUUUUACUCUUAUUUUUUAAAAUGCCUAGCUGACUUCUCAAAGGCUUCUUACUGAGAAUUUUGUCUGUCUUUUACAAUCUGAAAUGGAGUGGAACAAAAAAAGAUCAUUUGAGUCAUCUCAUACCAAUAGUUUAUUCUCUCCAGUUUCAUUUGAACUGAGCAUCACUAUAAGCAAUAAAGUUCUCUCCCCUUUUUCCAUAACAAUUUGUUUUUCUCUAAUUGUACCUUUCCUUCAGAAGGAAGAUGGGAAGUAUUUUGCUAAUUCAAUUUCCUCUGUCAACUCAUUUUUAAAAAUUCUGCAUAGAUUUUUGCAUGUUUCUUGGAAAUAUGUUAGAGAAGUAAAUGAAUUGAAACCUUUCCUCCCUUUUAUUGUAAGCAACUUAUGUAUGAGAUAAAAAUCAAUACUUGUGAUUGUGAUUGUGACAUUUUUAUUAUAUAUUACUAGAUAUCCCUUGGAUAAAUUCCAAUGGGUACAGUAGGGAAAGAAUGUUUUUCAAUAUACUGUUAAGCCCUACCCCUAACUUUUAAGAGGUGCCAAAUAUUAUCUCCAAAAAUAGAGGCAGCAUGCCUUAGGUAGCAUUUUAAGAAAAUAGAUAUUAGAAGAGUUUCAUUUCUCCCUAGAGUUCUUGAAUGCUCAUAAUCCAGCCUUGUCUAAGAAUCUAUUAUAGUAAUUGUCUUUUGGUGGGUUGAAAUGGAACACUCCAUUAAAAUACUAAAAAUGCACUUUUAGAGAGACCAUUCAGCUUAAUAGUAGAAUGUGUUCAUCCUAAAAGAUCAAAAAUGAUUUGCCAAGAAAUGAAGUCCUUUAUCUUGAAUUUCCCAAGUCAUGCUAGUUAAGGUUUGAUAGGUAAGUUGGAUAUAAGUUAUACAGAAUGCAAUUACAAUAUAUAACUAAAUGAAAUAAGACUUUCAAUAAACCAUAUUUAGUCUAUCUGUAUCUGUCCUAGAACUAAAAUCUGUCUGGAAGUUUUAGCCUUAAACACAGGAUUGAAAAUUGACACAAUCAAGAAUUUGCUGGACUAUAUUACUGAGUCCUGACCAUUAAAUUAUUUAUCUCAGCUUUUAGAUACCUUUGUUUAGCUACUUAGCCCCAGAAGAGUAUGGCCCAGGGAUCAGAAUAAAAAUAUAGUUUAUGAGAUAUGAUUUCUGUGAUCAAACCUGGCCUCAGACAAUACUUCCUAGCUGUACGACCCUGGGCAAG